AUGCCGGGUAAUGAGAUUGAGGAAUCGAAGGAGGACAUGAUUCUCCGACAUCUUGAGCAGCUUCUCUACCAGGAGCCUUCGAAGUUAAGGCGAGCUUAUAAGAAUGUUGCGGCCAAUGUCAGGACCGUGCUGGAACGGCAGAUCGUGAAUUCGCUUGCUCCUGCAAGGACUGAUGCAUCGCAAAGGCGGAUGUGUAGAUUCAAGGGCGAGCAUCGUCUUGCGAAAGUUUUGGGCAGCCUUCCAUUGGAGCUGGCACUCUUCACGCUUGCACGCGUGUAUGAUGAAGCUCACAUCAUCUUGUGUCAGGGUAGAGGAGCCGCUAGGAGCGCCACACAGCGACAAGCUGCGGGAUCGCUCCAACAAAACCCCAAGAUUGACCUGAACCCUCUCGUUGACAACUUCAGCGCAGCAAAAGUGGAAGGACAGAUCGUUCUCCUGAACUCAGACGAUCCUGCUUGGCCUUACAGAUUUGAGUGGCAGCGAGUGCCAGAAAUGUCCUUCGACUGUCUCGACAGGCUGUCCUCCCUUGCUGAACACUUACCAGGAGAACGUGGACCUUGCAGAGAGUACGCUGGCAUCGGUGGUGGAGGUGGAUCAGACAUCAUAAGUGCCAGUGCGUUCGGUCAUCUUCUUCGGGAGCAAGGAAAAGAGAUGAAUGUGCUAGUCUCGACGAGAACAUGGGCCACAGGUUCGCAAGGCAAGCAGGGCUCGAAGCUUGGUAUCAAGAGAGAAGUCUACGAUCAUGCGGGCCAAGUAAUGAUCAACGGCAAGAUCAUUCCCGGCACCUUCAAAGUUCAAGAAGGCACGUCGUCAGAGGGACGUGGCUUGGAGCACAUCCCUGCCAGUAAGCAUGAGCAGGUAUACAUUGUACUCGAUCAGAACGGGUCGCGAAGCGAUAUCGCACAGGAGGACCGAGCUGAGCUCAAGGAUCAAUUGAAGGCGGUACUAGGGGACAGCCAACCGCCUCUUGAGACGAUCGCCAUCGUAGAUACCGGCGGCGAUGUCUUCGGUGCGGAUGGCAGCGGCGCAACAACUCCUGACCAGGAUCUACGCGUGCAACAAGCGAUGUGCACGGACGUUUUCGAUAAAUACAACUUGAUUACAGUCGUCAUGGCGCCUGGAGUAGAUGCUCCGGACAAUGCACCACAGAAAGCAUUGGAAGCUGGAGCGAAAGUCUACAGCCCCAACGAUGACGAAAAGCAGCUCCUGCUGCACCUACUCAAGGACGAAUAUCGGAUGGACGGGUCCGAGGAGGGACGCUUCGGGAAAACAACACUGGCACUGCAAGCGCGUUUGAAUGGCGCAGUCGGCUGGACAUCACUCGACCUACCUUGCCACAUCGUGGAUACCUGGGACAACCCCUGGAGCAGCUUCGUCUACAUACGGAAGUGCAUGAGCGACAUCAUUCUCAUUCCGACAAAGCAACUGUUGCCACUAAUUGAUCCAUCUGCUAAGUCCGGCUGA